AGCAAACCAAUCGCAAGCCUCGUUGAGUGGAAGGGGCGGGAUCUUCCCCGGAAGUGUUGGUUAAAGCCCCUCCAAUCAGCAGCUCCGUGCGGCAAGUUUGAAUUUCGUGGAGGCUCGGGUUGUGAACGUUCCUGCUUCGGAGUCGGCGGUGGUCGUCCAGAACGAGUGUUGUUUACUUUUUGUUUGGUUGAGGUUUCACGCUAGAAGGUGCCUCAGGAUGUCUUCAUCACAUUUUGCCAGUCGGCACAGGAAGGAUUUAAGUACUGAAAUGAUUAGAACUAAAAUUGCUCAUAGGAAAUCACUGUCUCAGAAAGAAAACAGACAUAAGGAAUAUGAACGAAAUAGACACUUUGGUUUGAAAGAUGUAAACAUUCCAACCUUGGAAGGUAGAAUUCUUGUUGAAUUAGAUGAGACUUCUCAAGAACUUAUUCCAGAAAAGGCCGUCGUUAAGCCAAGGGCAAUGAAAACUAUUCUAGGUGAUCAACGAAAACAGAUGCUCCAAAAAUACAAAGAAGAAAAGCAGCUUCAAAAAUUGAAAGAGCAGAGAGAGAAAGCUAAACGAGGAAUAUUUAAAGUGGGUCGUUAUAGACCUGAUAUGCCUUGUUUUCUUUUAUCAAACCAGAAUGCUGUGAAAGCUGAGCCAAAAAAGGCUAUUCCAUCUUCUGUACGGAUUACAAGGUCAAAGGCCAAAGACCAAAUGGAGCAGACUAAGAUUGAUAAUGAGAAUGAUGUUCGAGCAAUUCGACCUGGUCAAAGACAAACUUCUGAAAAGAAAGUGUCAGACAAAGAGAAAAAAGUCGUGCAGCCUGUAAUGCCCAUGUCAUUGAGAAUGACUCGAUCAGCUACUCAAGCGGCAAAGCAGGUUCCCAGAACAGUCUCAUCUACCACAGCAAGAAAGCCAGUCACAAGAGCCGCUAAUGAAAACGAACCAGAAAGAAAGGUGCCAAGUAAUAAAGGAAGACCUGCCAAAAAUGUAGGAACAAAACCUGACAAGGGUAUUUCUUGUAAAGUUGAUAGUGAAGAAAACACUUUGAAUUCACAAACUAGUGCAACAAGUGGAAUGGAUCCAGAUGGAGCCUUAUCAAAAGUGGAAAACUUACCUGAGAUGAAUAUUGCAAAAAUAAAAGGGAAGAAUUCCUUUGCACCUAAAGAUUUUAUGUUUCAGCCACUGGAUGGUCUGAAGACCUAUCAAGUAACACCUAUGACUCCCGGAAGUGCUAAUGCUUUUUUGACACCCAGUUACACCUGGACUCCUUUAAAAACAGAAGUUGAUGAGUCUCAAGAAGCAACAAAAGAAAUUUUGGCACAAAAAUGUAAAACUUACUCUACCAAGACAAUACAGCAAGAUUCAAAUAAAUUGCAAUGUCCUUUGGGUCCUCUAACAGUUUGGCAUGAAGAACAUGUUUUAAACAAAAAUGAAGCUACUACUAAAAAUUCAAAUGGCCUUCCGAUCAAAGAAGUCCCACCACUUGAAAGAAAUGAAGGUCAAAUAACUCAGCCCCACCAUGAUGUGCUAUAUUUCAGAAAUAUCCUCCAAUCAGAAACUGAGAAAUUAACUUCACAUUGCCAUGAGUGGGACAGGAAGCUUGAAUUGGACAUUCCAGAUGAUGCUAAAGAUCUUAUUCGCACAGCAGUUGGUCAAACAAGACUCCUUAUGAAGGAAAGGUUCAAACAGUUUGAAGGACUGGUUGGUGAUUGUGAAUAUAAACGAGGUGUAAAGGAGACUACCUGUACAGAUCUGGAUGGAUUUUGGGAUAUGGUUAGUUUUCAGAUAGAAGAUGUAAUCCACAAAUUCAACAAUCUGAUCAAACUUGAGGAAUCUGGGUGGCAAGUCAAUAAUAAUAUGAAUAAUAAUAUGAACAAAAAUGUCUUUAGGAAAAAAGUUGUCUCAGGUAUAGCGAGUAAACCAAAACAGGAUGAUGCUGGAAGAAUUGCAGCGAGAAAUCGCCUAGCUGCCAUAAAAAAUGCAAUGAGAGAGAGAAUUAAGCAGGAAGAACAAGCUGAAAUAGCAGCCUCUGUGAUACCAAAGGAAGUUGAUAAAAUAGUAUUUGAUGCUGGAUUUUUCAGAGUUGAAAGUCCUAUUAAAUCAUUCUCAGGAAUUUCUGUCUCUUCUGAAGGCCUUUCUCAAAGACUUAGAACACCUAAGUCAGUCAGCAAAGCUGUAUCUCAGAGUAGAAAUGAGAUGGGCCUUCUACGACAAACUACGUCACCAGAAAGUGCCGGUCCUCAGAAUACUAAAAGUGAACAUGUGAAGAAGACUUUGUUUUUGAAUAUUCCUGAAAGCAGGAACAGCAUAGUGGAAGAUGCUCAGUGUCCUGGAUUACCAGAUUUAAUUGAAGAAAACCAUGAUGUAAAUAAGACAAACUUGAAGGUGGAUUGUUUACCCAGGGAGAGAAUGAGUUUGCCUCUUCUUGCUGGUGGAGUAGCAGAUGAUAUUAAUACUAACAAAAAAGAAGGAAUUUCAGAUGUUGUGGAAGGAAUGGAACUGAAUUCUUCGAUUACAUCACAGGAUGUUUUGAUGAGUAGCUCUGAAAAAGAUACAGCUUCACAAAAUAGCAUCUUAGAAGAAGGGGAAACUAAAAUUUCUCAGUCAGUACUAUUUGAUAAUAAAAGUCUCACUACUGAAUGCCACCUUCUUGAUUCGCCAGGUCUAAAGUGCAGUAAUCCAUUUACUCAGCUGGAGAGGAGACAUCAAGAGCAUGCCAGACACAUUUCUUUUGGUGGUAACCUGAUUACUUUUUCACCUCUACAACCAGGAGAAUUUUGAAUUUAAAAAUAAAUCCAUUUUCCUUCACAUUAUCAAUGCUUAUAUAUUCUUUAGACUAUUGAAAUUUUGGAGAAAAUGUAUUUGUGUUCACUUCUAUAGUAUCAUAUAAAGUUUUAAUACUCUGUUCAUCAAAGUGUAUUUUAGAUAUACUCUUUCUCAAGGGAAGUGGGGAUAUUUUGUACAUUUUCAACACAGAAUAAAAAAUAUACUGUGCCUUG